CUACUUCUGGGGUGAAGGGAGGCUAUUGUAAUGGUAAAUUUCACUCGGAGGAAAAGAAAGGGUUGAUAAUCAAUCAAACACGAGGUAUUCAUUUGAGGUUUUGUAAUUUUCUUACCAUAUUGUAAAACUAUCUUAGUUUUCUCUGUAGAACAUACAGAGGAUGUUUUAUUGUGUAUAUGCGUGAAAUAGCAAUCUCGAGAGUAACGCUAAAAGAAGUUUUCUCUGAUGGAGUGAAGAGAUAUAUACCCUUUGGCGGCGGCUUCAGCGAGAACCCGGAGCUCCAGGCGGAGACUUUACAGAAUUGCCGGAGUGAAAAAUCUUCCUGGGUCAGCAUCUUGGAGUCAAACUGGGAAGAACAUUUUACGUCUGAAAGCCUUCGUUUCUCAAAACCGCUCUUUGGGUCGGAGUAUCCUGAAGGAUGGGAUAAUAGAAGCACCGCUUUCUUGAAUCUGCUUCAGGCAUUUCCAGUUUAACUUGGAGGAUCAUGUGCUUGGCAUGAUGAGAACCACAGAGAACUUCGAGGAGACUGGUGGCGCAGGAAACCCCAACGGGGCUCCCACGGGAAGGUACAUUUAUCUGGAAGCGCUCUUGCAAGGAGGGGCUCCCUGGGGCUUUACUUUGAAAGGUGGCCUGGAGCACGGAGAACCAUUAAUCAUCUCUAAGAUUGAAGAAGGGGGCAAAGCGGACUCCGUGAGCUCCAGACUGCAGGCGGGAGACGAGGUGGUGCACAUCAAUGAGGUGGUGCUGAGCAGCUCCAGGAGAGAGGCUGUUUCCCUGGUGAAGGGAUCCUACAAGACCCUCCGGCUGGUGGUGCGCAGAGAUGCCUGCGCAGACCCGGGCCCUGCAGAUACUGACACCUCUGACUCCUUCAGCUCAGAGCACCGCACCUCUGACCCCCAGCACAGGAAAGCGGCGUGGUCAGGAGGAGCUAAGCUUCGGCUGAAGCACAGGCGCAGCGAACCUGCAGGCCGGCCUCACUCUUGGCAUUCAACCAAACUUGGGGAAAACCAGCCCAAUGCCAGCAUGAUGCAAAUAUCUCAGGGCACGAUUGGCACUCCUUGGCCCCAAAGCUACCAUUCCAGCUCCUCCACAAGUGACCUCUCCAACUAUGACCAUGCUUAUCUGAGGCAGAGUCCUGACCAGUGCAGCUCCCAGGGGAGCAUGGAGAGCCUGGAGCCCAGUGGGGGGUACCCACCCUGCCACCUUCUGUCCCCCGCCAAGUCCACCAGCAGCAUCGACCAGCUCAGCCACCUCCAUAACAAGAGAGACUCGGCUUACAGCUCCUUCUCCACCAGUUCUAGCAUCCUAGAGUAUCCACCCCCUGGCACAUCGGGCCGGGAGCGUUCAGGCUCCAUGGACACCACUUCUGCUCGAGGUGGCCUCCCAGAAGGGAUGAGGCAGGCAGACAUUCGCUAUGUCAAGACAGUCUAUGAUCCCCAGAGGGGAGUCUCAGCAGAGUAUGAGGUGAACUCUUCAGCCCUGCUUCUCCAAGGGAGGGAGGCCCGGGCCACAGCCGACGGUCAGGGCUAUGAUAAAGGGCAUACUGUUCCUCGGGGCAAGGGAGUGCCACCCCCAUCCCGGAGCCAGCAGUGCCCCAGUUCCUCGGAGACUGCCAUUGACAACUUGCCUCCUAAAGUGGGCGCACCUCUGCCCCCCACUCGGAGUGACAGUUAUGCAGCCUUUCGGCAUAGAGAGCGGCCCAGCUCUUGGUCUAGCCUUGAUCAGAAGCGGCUCUGCCGGCCUCAGGCUAACUCUUCUGGCUGUCUGAAAUCUCCCUUCGCAGAGGAACCGCUGCAUACUGUGCUAGAGAAGAGUCCAGAGAGCAGCCCCCCCGUGAAGCCCAAGCAUAAUUACACCCAGAAGGCCCAGCCUGGCCAACCUCUGCUGCCGACGGGCAUCUACCCCGUACCUUCCUUGGAGCCCCACUUUGCCCAGGUGCCCCCACCCUCUGCAAGUAGUAAUGGCACGCUUUACCCUGCACUGGCCAAGGAGAGUGGUUAUGCGACUCCUCGGGGAGCCUGUGACAAGGUGGCCACCCUUGAUGAGAAUGGAAACCAAAAUGUAUCUAGCAGACCUGGGUUUGCCUUCUACCAAGCCCUAGAACAAGACUCUUUGUCCCCAGUGGAGAGACCACCUGAAAUCUCAGCCAAAUGUGUCCCCUACAAAGUCCAUUUCCCUUCCGUGCCUGAACAUGAGGAGGAUACCCCCCUGAAGAAGCACAUCACACCUCUCCAAGGCAACAGCCCAUAUCCUAAUGAGAGAAAGAACACCCACAGCAACAAACCAUCUUCUAAUUACCACAGCCGCCAAUCCCCUCAGGCUCAGGCCUGGCAAGUGGGCGAAGACAAGAGACCUUCCCGGCCCUCGGAGCUUUGGGAGGGUGAUUUCCAAGAAGACCACAAUGCCAACCUCCGGUGGGGGCUGGAGAAAGAAGGCCUAAGCCAGAGCCCAUCAAGCUACUUUGGCAAGACCAAGUCAGCCUUCUCCUCUCUUCAGAACAUUCCUGAGAGUCUAAGGAGGCAAAGCCUGCAGCCAGGAGGGAGAGUCCAGGACAGCUACCUGGAUGGCUGCCCCACCUGUGUAGUCAACACCAAGACAGAGAACCCUGGAAGGAAAGCUGUUCCAGAUCACAGGAGCCAUCUGGACAGGCCAGUUUCCUAUCCAAGGCCUGAGGGCAGAGUCAGUGCUCUGGGCUCUUUCCACCUUUCAGACCCAAGGUAUGAGGAGCCGCUCUCCCCACCCCACCAGCAGACGUCCAGUCUGGGCCGCAGGAGGCUCAGCUCCAGCAGCACCUCAGCUCUGCAGGGCGUUCAGUACGGGAAGCCCCACUGCUCCGUGCUGGAGAAGGUUUCCAAGAUUGAGCAGAGAGAGCAAGGGCGCCAGAGACCCCCAAGUGUGGGCAGCUCCAUUCAUGGCUGUAACUACAGACCCAGCAAGAUAGUCUCAACUUCUAGUACUUCUAGGAAUGACUUCGAGGAGACAAAAGCCAAUAUCCAUUUUUCCGAAUCCACCGAACCCCUAGGCAAUGGGGAACCCCACUUCAAAAACGGGGAGCCAAAGUUGGAAGAGAUUUCCUGGCAGCCUCGUGGUCAACAGUUGAAGAGGGGUGCCGAUGGCAGCCGAGGCUCCCCACUCCGAGGCGGUGAGCCCCCAAGCAGGGACACUCGCCUGCUCCGCAGCCAGAGCACCUUUCAGCUCUUCAGCGAGGCCGAGGAGGAUGCCAAGUGGAGGGACAACAGGCCGAGCACCCCCGAAUCGCCAGUGCUGGAUGCCCCCUUCAGCCACGCCUACCGGAACUACAUCAAAGACGCGCAGUCCCGAGUGCUGCGGGCCACCUCCUUCCGACGCCGAGACCUCGAGCCUGGGGCUGCUGGGGCCUCCAGGCCCUGGCGCCCACGACCAGCCUCGGCCCACAUGGGACUGCGGAGCCCAGAGGCCCCCGCAUCCGCCUCCCCGCACACCCCACGGGAGCGGCACAGCGUGACCCCCGCUGAGGGCGACCUAGCCCGGCCAGCGCCCCCUGUUGCCCGAAGGGGACCACGCCGACGCCUGAACCCCGAGCAGAAGAAGCGCUCCUACUCAGAGCCUGAGAAGAUGAACGAGGUGGGGGUCUCAGAAGAAGCCGAGCCGGCGCCUCUGGGUCCGCAGCGCAAGGGGCUGCGUUUCCCGGAGAGCUCGGUGGCUGACCGGCGCCGCAUCUUUGAGCGGGACGGCAAGGCCUGCUCCACGCUCAGCCUGUCCGGGCCUGAGCUGAAGCAGUUCCAGCAGAGCGCACUGGCCGACUACAUCCAGCGCAAGACCGGCCAGCGCCCCGCCUCUGCCACCUCUGCCACCGGGGGCGGCCUCCAGGAGCCGGGGCCGCCAUGGGAGCGAGCGCAGGGCGCCUACCUCCAGCCCGGUCCCGCAGCGCCCGAAAGCCCAGGGCUCACCUCGGCCUCCAGCCUCUGCUCACUGCGGGAGCCAAGCCUGCAGCCCCGCAGGGAGGCCCCCCUACAGCCACCUUCAGGAGGCAGUGGGUCCCCUCCACGUGGGUCCCGGGAUCGCAGUAGCUCCUUCGCUGGCGGCCGCCUCCUCGCAGAAAGGCGACGUGGGGACCAAGCCCCGAGGGAGCUGCUUUGUGAAGCUAACAGCGGUGGACCAAAGGGCGCCCAGAAGGUGGACAGGACCCCUGGGGAGCCCUCCUCGUGGGGCGCUGCCGCCAGAAGGGCCGGCAAGUCCAUGUCUGCUGAGGACCUGCUGGAGCGCUCAGAUUUCCUCGUGGUCCCUGUCCACGUGAGGUCACGGUCAUCGCCCACCACACACAAAAAGCUCCAGGAUAUGCUUUUGGGAGAAAACAAUGGCUUUAAUCUUGUGAAGGAUCCGUGUCACUUAGCUGGCCCUCGAUCCAGCUCCUGCGCACAGGCUGCCGGCGAUCAGCCCUACACCCCAGCAGUGACUCACAGAAGCAAUGGCCACAGCCUGGCCCAGCCUCCCAGUCCCAGAGGCCAUGAGCCCCGCAGCCCAGAGCAUGGGGUCGAAGACGGGAUGAGGAAGUGGCCUCCCCCACCCCGGGUGAAGUGGGCCCGCGCUGUCAGAGAGAACAGCCUCCCCGAGGAAUCCCCCUCCCUCGAGGUUGCAAACCUGAAGCACUACAGAAAACAGCAGAAUCUUCCGAGUUCAAGCAGCACUUCUGACCCAGACACACCUCUUGGGGUCCCAAGCACUCCAGGGAGGAUCUCUCUCCGAAUAUCUGAGUCAGCCCUGCAGGCCUCCCCACCGCCACGGGAGGACUGUGACGACGAAGUGUUUGUGAAGGACGUGCACCCCCGUGCCACUUCCAGCCCCACAUUUGAAGCUCUUCCCCCACCCCCACCCCCACCCCCUCCACUGAGCCAGGAAAGCCUGGUGAGUAGCUCCGAUGACUUUCCUCCACCUCCUCCCCAAGCUCUGUGUGAGGCGCAGCUGGACAGUGAGGAUUACAAGGAGCUCCACACCAGCUCCAGCAAAUCUGCCAGUGUGACAGUUGCCAAGGAAAGUCGCAUGUCUGGUGCAGCCCAUUUGGUUGGUAGUCAAAUACUAGCUUCCAGGUGCCAAACUUCUAUCCAGGGUUCAGAGGCCAAUGAGACCAGCCCGCUGCCCACCACGGGGGCUCUGCCCCACCAUGCCGGGCCCCUUGCCUGGCAGCCAAGCCCAGGAAAGCCACCUCCCAUCCUGACCCAAGGCCCCAUCCAUGACACAAUCAGUGGGGCUCAGGAUUUAGAAAAGAGUGUCACUUCUGGUCCUCAGAAGACCUCAGAAGACCUCAGAACACAGGCUCUGGCCAAGGAAAUUGUCCAUCAAGACAAGUCCCUGGCAGACAUUUUGGAUCCAGACUCCAGACUGAAGACAACUAUGGACCUGAUGGAAGGCUUGUUUCCUCGGGACGUGAGCUCGCUGCAGGAACACAGCGUGAAGAGGAGGGCCUUGCCGAGAACUGUCAGCUGCCCGGGACCUGAAGGCAAGAGGAGUGAAGAUAAGGAAGCAGUGGGCAUAUUGAUCAACUGCCCUGCCUACUACAGCAUGUCUGCUCCCAAGGCUGAACUGCUGAACAAAAUCAAAGACAUGCCAGAAGAGGUGAAUGAGGAAGAGGAGCAGGUGGAUGUCAACGAAAAGAAGGCCGAGCUGAUUGGAAGCCUCACCCACAAGCUUGAGACUCUCCAGGAAGCGAAGGGGAGUCUGCUAAUGGACAUCAAGCUCAAUAACGCCUUGGGAGAAGAGGUGGAGGCUUUGAUCAGUGAGCUGUGCAAGCCCAAUGAGUUUGACAAAUACAAGAUGUUCAUCGGGGACUUGGACAAGGUGGUAAACCUGCUGCUGUCCCUGUCAGGGCGCCUGGCCCGUGUGGAGAACGUCCUUAGUGGCCUCAGUGAAGAUGCCAGUAAGGAAGAAAGGAGCUUGCUCAAUGAGAAGAGGAAGGUCCUGGCAGGGCAGCAUGAGGAUGCCCGGGAGCUCAAGGAGAACCUGGACCGAAGGGAACGCCUGGUGUUGGACAUCCUGGCCAAUUACCUCUCAGAGGAACAACUCCAGGAUUACCAGCAUUUUGUGAAAAUGAAGUCAACUCUCCUCAUUGAGCAGCGGAAGCUAGAUGACAAGAUCAAACUGGGCCAGGAGCAAGUCAAGUGCCUGCUGGAGAGUCUCCCCUCGGAUUUCGUUCCCAAGGCGGGGGCCCUGGCUCUGCCCCCGGACCUCACAAGUGAAACGGCUCCUGUUGGGGGGUGCGCUUUCCGUGGUAUUCCCCCGGCGUUAACCUCUCCACUUUAACCUCUCCUCAAACACCCAACCGAAAGAUCGCCCCUUCUUUCCACUUUAUUUAAUCUGAAAAACGUUUCAGCACAAACCACUGUUUAAACUCUAUGGGUUUGGUGGGGGGUGGGGGGGAGGCAGUUUCUUGGUAAAAGGAAAAGAUUCUAUCCAGGAAAGAACCUGUUUUUUUCCUUCUCACCCUUCAUGGUUGAUCUUCUGAGAGCUUGAAUGCUGCUGGGAACUCACCCCUUUCUAUUAUUACUUUGUAAUAGAAAGAAAAUUGAUGAAACAAAACUGACAGGAGGGUGUUUGAUUAGUUUUCUACAGGCUGAGGCAACAGAGACCAGUGUGUGUCACCCUCAGGAAUGGACCCACAGUGGCCUUCCUGCUGUGGCCGGUGUGUCCUGACAACAGGUACAAGGACUCAUUAACGAAGGGUCUGCAAUUUAAAGCCUUAAAGAGACACAUGCAGAAGAAAACUGUAAAACCCUAGACGUUGUUAUUAUUUAUAUUUUUAAAAGUGAAAAAGAUCAUUAUGUUUGUGUGCUAACCACUCAUUUGAUUCUGUUUUGUGGGGGAUGUAGACAAUUAUGUUUGAGCUUUGUAUUUUGUGAAAAAUCUUAAUGAAAUGAAGAAUUCCAAAGAUA